AUGGCGUCGGGGAGUUCAAGGUCAUUUCGGAGCAGGGAGUCUGCGCAGAAGAGGAGGAUUCUUUGUGGGCAUGGAGAGAGACCAGUGUUGCGAGUUUCCGGAACCAAAGAAAACUCAGGUCGCCGAUUCUGGGGCUGCGUCUACUAUGAGGUUAAUGAUGAAUGUCAGUUUUUUCGUUGGACAGAUCCAGAAGUUGGAAGCGAAGAUCUGCAUGUUGCAAGGUUGAAGAGGAAAGUCGUAGCCCUGAAGGCAGACGUGAAGGCAUUUGAGUGGAAGUUGAAGGUUGCUUGUGUGUUCGGCAUGGUUGGCUGGGUUGGUUGUAAUUUGGCAAUGAAGGUAGAAGUGGUUGGGAUGAAAUUUGACUGA